AUGGCAGCCGCAGCUGGAAAUUAUAAACGUAUCUUGCAAUUAUUAGAAAAGUGGCCCAUAGAUAAAAGUAAAGUCGGUGGAAGGGACCUAGGCGAAUUUUUGAGAAAUUACAUAAAUACAGCGUACAAGGAAAACAAAUUUGAAACGAAUUACAAAUACUGGGACAGACAGUACCUUGCCAUACACAAAUUAGUUUCUAACGAAAACAAAAAUAAAUACAGACGAUUGUUGUCAUCCUCGGCUACCGGUCUCACCGGUGAACAGUGCCACGAAGUUUUGUCGAACGAAUUCUUAGAAGAACUAAAGAAAGAAGAGCGGUCUUUCUUGAAAAAAUUGUUUUCCUUGAAGAAAGAUACAGAGUAA